AUGGAAUCCAAGAGCCCUUUCGGCAGCUUCAGCGGCGACUCUAGUCCGGUAUUCAUGGACCGCAAACGUGAGCCCCUGUUGCCCUAUUCGGAGAUUGUCCUCGAAAAGGUGCCAGUCAAGCUACGCAAUCCUCUUAGCCACUGCCUCUACAAGCGUGUCAUUCUAUGGACUGCGUUGAGUUUGUUCAUGGCCGCGUUUGUUUUAUUUGGCAAACAUGAUGGCCCUGUGCGAGCUGUUACGCAAGAGCAUACUACUACUGAGAGUGGCUCUUCGCCCAUCACAGCCGAAGGAUCAAGCACCGAGCUCUUUCACGAGGUCCAUGAAGCUAAGUCGGCAAAUAUUGAGGCCCAGCGAAUCAUUGAUAUCACCUCCAAAGAGCAGGACCAGUCACAAAUUCAGGUGACACCGAGCACUGGUGACGCCAAGCAUCUGGACCAGGAGGAAAAUGAUGUCGCCGAGGAAGACGACGAAGAUGAGGAUCAAGAAUUCAUGGACGAUUCCGAUGAAGACGUUGGAUCUCAGCUUCCAUCGCCGAACAAGUCAAACGGCAAGUCAUCUAAAGGCAAUUCUGGCGAUCAGUCCAGCACCGACGACUUUGACUCGGAUGAUGAAGACGAAGACGAAGACGAGCUGGACGAUGAAGAUAUCCCGGAAUAUGACCAAGAUGCCGAAGAAUCGGAGAGGACUCUCCUUCUAGACGGCGAAAACACGGAUCGACUAAGGCAGGAACUGGAAAAUUUGAAGCGAAUGCCUUGGCUUCGUUUUCCUCAUCUCAAUGCCUAUUUUCAUGGCCUUAAAACGCUAGUCAGCAAAUCUCGCCACGAUCCGGAGUGGCCCAGUGCCGAGCGAAGCGGCGCUUUCACGGGCCGAGUUCCUUUGAACAAGAAGGUUCCGAAGCCGGUGCCGUACAGCCCCUACGAAACCUCUGAUAGUAUCAAGACAUGUUAUCUAGACAAGGAGGAUAAGAUUCCGGCGCCGACCUUGUACGCCUACAAUGGUGUCUCCAGACAUAUGCCAGACCCCGCCAUCGGAUCAUAUAGCAUGUUUGGCAUGCGUGACGAUGUAUGCUUUGACCGAUUUGGUCGCUACGGACCGUAUGGUCUUGGCUAUCGUUUAGCUAAGGGUGGAACAAGCGUCGGUAUGAAUACUGAAAGCUCUGGCAGUGAAACUGUCUGGGAGAAGUCUGGUCAAAUUGAUUACACCUCCAUGGACUGGGGCGAUGCCCAGGAAAGGUGCUCGAAACGACACUGGAAUCGCUACCGCCAGAUCGACCCCAACACGGACGAGCUUGAGCCACCAAAUGACUCCAAAAAGGGUCAACAAGCUAUAGUCAUUCGUCUCUACACUGGUUUCAAGUGGACCUAUCUCGCCGUGCUGAACUUCAGAGCUCUGAUUACAGAGGUUUCUCUCAAGUCUGGAGGUGAAUACACUGUGCACUUCUUGAUGCAUGUACGGGACGACGAUGCCCCCAUCUGGUCGGAUGACGCGACCGUGCAAAGAAUCUUGGAUACGAAUGUUCCUCCCGAGUUUCACAACAUGGUUACAUUGUGGAGUGAGGCACAGAUGAGGCUAUUCUAUCCUGGCAAGUUCAGCGCACCAAUUCAGAACCCAAGCGGCGCAGACAUUCACGGUGUAUAUCGCAGCGCCCACCUGCCGCUUCAGGUGUUUUCCCUCCAGCACCAAGAGUACGAACACAUUUGGAACUGGGAGAUGGACAUGCGAUUCCUCGGUAAUUACUAUGAGCUCUUUGAUCGCCUCGGCAAGUGGGCAGAUAAGCAGCCGCGUGCUCGCCUUUGGGAGCGCAGCGCCCGUUACUACAUUCCCGCCCUGCACGGUGACUGGGACAACUUCACUGAGACUGUUGAACGCCAAACUACCGAAGCAGGAAGACAACUCAUCUUUGGGCCCUUGCAAUUUCAUGGCAAGCGACCCCUUCGUCACGAGCAGCGCGGCGAAUCCGUUCUCCCGGCAAGCUGUGCCGUUGGCAAAGACGCAAGCGAGUGUGGCGUUGGUGAGCCCGCGGACCUUAUUACACUCAACCCUCUCUUCGACGCCGACAACUCCGGAUGGGUCUUUGCCUAUGAUACUACAGGCUAUCCAUCGAAUCCGCCGCGGCGGUGUGCCAUUAUCACGGCGUCUCGACUGAGCCGCCGUCUGCUUGGGGCUAUGCACGAAGAAUUGUGGCGUCACCACCACAGCAUGUUUUCCGAAAUGUUUCCUCCGAGCGUGGCACUCCAUCACGGAUUCAAAGCUGCUUAUGCGCCGCACCCUCUGUACGUUGACAGAGCAUGGAGCCCCUUUGCCCUUGACAAAGCCUUCAAUGGCGGGCAGGACCACUCGACGUCUGGGCCGGGUAGCCCGUUUGACGUGAGCAACGAGCACAACCACAAAGGCAUGAGCUGGUACUACAACAGUGAGUUCUCGGGCCUUCUCUGGCGGAGAUGGCUCGGCUACCCGCAGUUGGACGGCCGGGGUCGGAAUGGUGGCGAGGGAAACCGGGGCACGAUGCGGGGAGGGCAGGAAGAGGAGUCGAUGGAGGGAAGCACGGGCCGGAUGUGUCUACGGAGCAUGCUGCUACAUCCUAUCAAGUUUGAGGAUCCGGACGAACGAUAG